UUUCCAGGGACGUGAUUACGCACGUUUCCGGGAACAUGGAGGCUGUUGUGACAGAUACCGUAGCGCCAGAAGAUCUGAAGAAAUUUGAAAAGAAAUACAAUGCAGAACUGGUGAAAGGACCUGUUUCCAAGGAAACUCAGUUUGAGUAUGCUUGGUGUUUGAUCCGGAGUAAAUACUCUAACGAUAUCGUGAAAGGAAUUCAGCUGCUUGAGGAGCUUGUUCACAAGAGUCCAAAGGAUGACCAGAGGGACUUUUUGUUCUACCUGGCUGUGGCAAACUAUAGACUCAAGGAGUAUGAGAGGGCACUGAAGUACAUCCGGACUCUGCUGAAAAAUGAACCAGGAAAUAACCAGGCCAUUGAACUGGAGAAACUUAUCGAUAAGGCUCUGAAGAAAGAUGGUUUGGUCGGCAUGGCAAUUGUAGGCGGGAUUGGCCUCGGUGUAGCUGGAUUGGCGGGCCUAAUUGGCCUUGCGGUAUCAAAAGGAGGGGCCAAGUCCUGAGAUAAGAGAAGGGACCAGUGGGACCCAAUAACUGCCAAGUCAUAAUGGAUUCACCCCUCGGCUUUCCUUCUAACCUCACUAUCUCCCAGAACCAAUCACAGCAUUCAAGAGGUGACCUGACAUCACAACAGGAUAAUGCUGAGAUGCCUAGCCGCUAAAAGGACUUACUGAACUCACUGAAUGCGCCCGACUUAUAAACUGAUUCUUCAAUUCAGGAUUUUUUAUUUCUUUUUCAUUAUUUACUCUAAGUGUUUUGACUCACUUAUACAAGUUGUGCUAUUUUCACACAUCACUUUUUUCUCUAAAUAUUUUCCCCAUUCUUUCUUUACUUUUGUAUUUAUUUUUUCACAUACAAAAUGAGGGAAGCAGAGAGGUGUAUAUGUACUACACAGCAUACAAAGGAAGCAGGCCAGUGAGAACUUACUAUACAGCUUAUGAAAGUAAAGCACCUUACAAUUCAGUUAUGGCUUUGUGUUUUAUGUGUUAAUCCACCUAAAUAGUUUUGACUUGUGGUGAUGAUGCCAUACUUCAUUAAACCAAACUACAGCUUGUU